CCCAGCUGGGUGCAAGUGACUUCUAGGCACUCUCUUUGCAAGAACGUGGUUGUGGAGCCAGAUGGACUCCAAAUGUAGCAGUCCCUAAUUUUUAAAAUCUGGGCAAAUGGCAUUUUGGGAUCAAUGUCUAUGUAGCUUCCCAACCAUCCAGGUCACAGUUGUCCCCAAAGGUGCUUUUUUUUUUUUUCAAAGGGCAACUAGAAUUUCUUGUUUGCCCCCCCCCCCAUUUUGGAAACGUUUCGCUUCUCAUUCGAGAAGCUUGGAUGAAUGGACGGAAGAAGUGGAACUGAAGCAGCUUCUUGGAUGAGAAGCAAAAUAUUUUCAAGAAAAGAGAAAAAAAAACACACACACACCAAGAAAGUCCAGUUGCCUUUUGGAAAAAAAAGCACUUUGGGAUAGCAGAAGUGGGAGGAAAGGGAUCUAUCCAUCAUACCUAUCCAUCCCUACCUACCUAUCCAUCCCUACUUAUCUAUCCAUCCCUACCUACCUACCUACCUACUUAUUAAUAGAGAUAUUUUAGAAUUAUGGCUCUGUUUUGACCUUCUAGUUUAUUUUGUAGUGUUAUUAAAUUACUUUUAUCUCUACCUCUUCCUUUUAGUUCUCUAAACAGCAUAGAUUAUGGGGGGAAAAUGUUCCUCGCUCUCUUUGCAAUACAGCUUUUUUAUGCAGCAGAUUUUUAAAAUAAUAUAGUUACAUAGUUGCAUUGCUUUUCAGUUUAUAUCAUACUAUAAACUAAGAGUAUUUUCCCCUUAAGAAAUAUUAACUGUAACGUGCUUGGUGGUUGAAAAUAUAUAUGUAUAUAUUUAGUGUAAUAAAUGCACUAAUUCUUCCUUGGCACAGGGAAAUUCCUGGUGAACACAGCAGCGUGUAAGAAGGAACAAGGGCUGCCUCCUUGGUGAGGGGGUGCAUCUUUCCAUCUGCCUAAGCAAGAGGAGGAACUGCUAUGGACCAGCUGCUGAAUCUCCUCUAUCUGAACUUCUCAGAGCAAUUGAAUCUGCUGGAAGAGAACGGCAUGUCUUGUGGCGAGUCGGUGGGGAACAGCACCUUCCUGAUCGUGGCUUACAGCGCCAUCAUUGCAGUGGGGCUGACGGGCAACCUCUGCCUGGUGUGCGUCAUCAUCCAGCAGAAGGAGAUGAGGAACGUCACCAACAUAUUCAUCGCCAACCUCUCCUUCUCCGACAUCCUCAUGUCCCUUGUUUGCAUGCCCGUCACCGUCAUUUACACCCUGAUGGAUCACUGGAUCUUGGGAGAAGUUGUCUGCAAGGUCAGCCCCUUUGUCCAGUGUGUUUCUGUCACAGUGUCCAUCCUGUCCCUGGUCUGGAUCGCUUUGGAGAGACAUCAGCUUAUCAUCAACCCAACUGGGUGGAAACCAGCAGCCAACCACGCUUAUAUGGCGGUUGCCCUCACCUGGGGGGUAGCCUGCUGUAUUUCCUUGCCCUUCUUGUCCUUCACUAUCUUGACCAACGAGCCCUUUCAAAACCUGAGCCUUCCUUUUGACUCCUUGGCCAACCACCUGGUCUGCAUUGAGCACUGGCCCUCCAAUCAACAUCGCUUGUCUUACACAACCUUCCUCCUGCUCUUCCAGUACUGUCUACCUUUACUGCUCAUCCUUGCCUGCUACUUCCGCAUCUUCCUACGCCUUCAACGCCGGAAGGACAUGGUGGAGCGAGCAAAAGAUGGCUCCCGGGCCACCAGCCACAGGAAGGUCAACAUCAUGUUGGCUUGCAUUGUGGUAGCUUUUGCUGCUUGUUGGUUUCCCCUCAUGUUCUUCAACGCCCUCUAUGACUGGGACCACCAGAAGAUCUCGGUGUGCUAUUACAACUUAAUUUUCUCCCUCUGCCAUCUCACGGCCAUGGCUUCCACCUGCAUCAACCCCAUCAUCUAUGGGUUCCUCAACAGCAAUUUCCAAAAGGAAGUCAAGGCCUUGCUGUACCGUUGCAGCUGUAGUCGUGAGAAGGAGAAGUAUGAAAGCUUUCCUCUUUCCACGGUCAGCACAGAGGUCUCCAAGGCCUCACUUCAUAGUGAGGGGGGUACCAGUAUCCCUGCGUGAUGGCUGGAUCCCAGGCUGGACCUCCGGAGAGCAACCUCUUCUUUCCUCAACACUGAACAAAGUGUGGAUUAGCUCUGCUGUUUUUGUGUUUGCAUCUUUCCAAGUCUUCUGUCUGCUAUUUUAUAAUCAAAUGUAUAUCAGGGAUCAUUUUCAGUUGCUGGGGACAGAGAGAUGAAGUUUGACAGAAAUUGAGAAUGACUGGGAGGUCUGGAGAACUUAAAUUCCUUAGGCACCAAUGCAUUGGCUGCUUGGAGAUCAGAUCUUCUCCUGGUUCCUGAGCCCAAGUCUUUACCUAAGCCCUGGGUGACCUGAAAGCUUCUUAGAGAAUAUAACUAUAUUGAAAUGAAUGGAGAUUAGGAGAUGUGUUUAAGGAACUGCAUAACUUCCUAAUAUGAUCCAGGGCUCCUAAAUUGCUUUGCUUUGCAAAGUAACCAUCCAUCUCAUUUUCAAAGUCCUGAUGUGAGUGAUCGUGACAAAUUGCUUCUCAGAGAGAGCAUCUAUCAAUGAUGGUAAAUAAAGAUUUCUUGACAGAAAACUUGCACGGCACGCCCAAUCUUCUUCUUUGCAACCACAGAAUAAUAUUGGAUAUGUUCUAGAAUAGUGGUGGGUUUUUUUUUUUCAAAUUUGGCAGUUUUAAGAUGUAUGGACUUCAACUCCCAAAACUGGCUGGGGAAUGCUGAGAGUUAAAGUCCACACAUCUUAAAGUUGCCAGAGUUGAAAAACACUGUUCCAGCCUGUGCUUUUCAUCCAAAAGGGUCCUUUCUAGGGUGGGACAGACUUUUGCCCCUUGUGAGCUGUAUGAGCUCCUUGGAUAAUACUCCAACGUUUUCUGUGGCAUGCCAGGAACUUAGAAAAAUCUUAGAUUUCGGACAAUCCAUUCCCGGUGGAAAAGGUCACACACCAUCAAGAACCUGUAAUUGUUGCGUAAUGUUAAGUUGCUAUAGUCUCAUAUGCUUCAGAUGAAAAUAUGGAUGGGAUAAUAUCAUUAGAUAUAGAAAGGGACAACCAGAGAUUCUGUUGCCUAAAUCAGAAGCUUCAAAAGCAUCCUUGCUUUCUCCUGAUUCUUAACAAUAGCAAAAUAUUUUCUCCGCUGACUGCUCCCAUCCUAUCAAUGCAGUUAAGCCCUUUAAUCUCCACUCAAAUUCUUUUUUUUUUUGAAUAAUAAUAAAAAGCAAGCCUUUCUCUAGAUAAGGUAAAAGAUGUUCAAUUUUCCUCUUGCAUUGCCUGGAAAGUUAGCCCCUUUAAUAUAAAUUCAGAGCAAAGGCAUCAAAAUACAUUUCUUGUUUUCUAGAUGGGCAUUUAAAUCCUGCACAAGCUAAUUUUGUGCAGGCCACAUUGGCUCCAUCGGAGUCCGAGACUUUUAACAGCUCUGCCUCAGUUUCUCCGUCUGAACUACAGCCCAAUUUUUCUUUCAUUGCCCAAGCCCUUGGGAAAUUUUAGGAAUAAAAUUGUCUGCUUGCAGUAAAUGCUGAUAUGAUGUAAUCCAGCUGAGGGCAAUGAGUCUACCCUGUGUAAAUCAGGACUAUGGGAUCUGGCUUUGGAACUGCAAAUCUGUUCAACAGCUAGGAGGAGAAAGCAUAUUAAAUAGGUGGGGAUUUUUUUGUAAAAAAAAAAAUUACUUAUAUUAAUUAAAUCGCCUGAUUUAAAUUUGAUACAGAUUUCAAAGCACCAACAUCAAAUUUUGUUCUUGCUUUUUUCCCUUUUCUGACUUUGCCCUCUCUCCAAAGGCUAAAUGAAACUCUUCCGCCCCCUCUCAAAUGUUGCGCAUUGACUGUGAAUCAAGUAAGCUUGUUAGCCAAGAUUUCCUCCCAUUGGGGGAGUCAUCGAUCCCUGAAGGUUUUUUUUUUUUCAUAUUUUACACUGCAUUUUAAAUGCUCUGGCCAGACUCCCUGCAAGGCAGUCACACUGUCACAUCAGACAACAGAUUUGCAGUGGCAAUGUUAUCACUGGAUUUUCACUGCCAUUUUUUUUCCUUUUCAUAUACAAUAAAACAGGGCCGAUCCAGGGCUCUAAUCUGGAUGAAUGCAGGGGAAUAGCACCAAUUGCUUUAUUACAAGCAGAAAUUUGCUGAUGGUCCCAUUCAAAUUUUAAUCAGGAUACUGUUAAGUCUGCUAAUCAGAUCUCUCCUAUUAAAUUUGCCCACUGCUGACUGCAUACAGGAAGGAAAGAGACGUGAGAAACAGGGAUUUGAGGCUCAUGUGUCCAUCUCUCUUUUUCACAUAACCAUGUACUCUGUAUGUUAAUCAUGUCUGUUGUUCUGCGACACAAGGCACAACUGGCUUUAACUGGCAGCCCUUGGCUGCAGGACAAGCUUCAGCACAGAUCCUGGGGUCCUGGUGAGGGGACCGGCUUGCAGAGCUAAAUGAAAUGCACGUCUCAUCCCAAAACACAGUAGUUGCAGAGCAGAAUUACCCUCCCAAAGGCAGCUACAUGUUGACUUGCAAAUUUAGAGGCCAACAACAGCAACUGAAAUUGGAAAUGCAGCAAGAUGGAGAAGCUGAAAACAGAGAGAUUGUCUCCUUCCUAGCCACUCUCUUCUCCGAGAACGUGGUUGCUAGCUGUCUGCCUUUGUAACUUUACUAUCAGAAACCCAGCAUAUGGCCUCCUAAUAGAAUAAUGGGGUUGGACUAGAAGUUUAGGGUCCCUUAGGAACAUUUUGCCAUCGUUCAGGGCUAGGGCAAGGGUGAGGAGGCUGUGGGCAGCCAAUUGUUGCUCAGUUGCAACUCCUGGUCUGCCUGAAUGCUGCUGUCCUGAUCGAGGUUGGUGCCUCGAGUAUGAGAAUUUAACAUCUGGACUCUUCCAUUCAUCCUGGGCUGCAGAGGGUAAUUUGAUACCUAGUGGGACAUUACAGGUGAUGGGAGAACAUCACAGUUCUGAAUGUAAUUUUAUUGCUUUGGUGCUGCAUGUCCCCACACAUUUCUCGGCAGGAGAAAGAGAAUGAUUUUAGCUACGGUAGGCUUUUAUUGUUUGGACUUUCUAACUACAGCUUUAGGAGAAUCAAUCUUCCUAGCUCAGAGAUCACCUCGCCUUCUAAAAUGCAAGUCAUAUGAUGUAUGAACAGAUGCUACAUGCAAAGGGGAUUUACAUACAAUUGUAUCUGCACUGUAAAGUACCAAAACAAUGCUUUAUAGUAGUGUUGCCCAAGCUUGGCAAUUGUAAGGUCUGUGAACGUCAACUCCCAGAAAUCCCCAGCCAGCCAUGUCCACAGAUCUUAAAACUGUCAUAUUUGAGGAACUGUUUAGAACAGGGGUACGGAACUACCGGUAUGGCCCUUUUAUAACUUGUGGACUUCAACUCCCAGAAUUCCCGAGCCAGGAAAGAUUUGAAAUCCACACAUCUUCAAGCGCCAAGCUUUGAGAAACAUUGCUCCACUGGAUGAAUCCUUCUGAGGGACAUUCCUUUUGUGAAAUCAUUGCCAAUUUGUUGAAAUCGACCUUGUGCAAUAUUAUUUUUCAGAGCUGUGCUUUUCAAUUAGGACUUCUUUCUCUUUGGUUUAUGGCUUUAAAAAACUAAUUGGAGCUGGGCUGUUCAUGUUUCUGGAUUUUCACAUUGGGCAGAAAAAUCCACGCUGGGAAAUGAAGGGUUCUUUCUAAAGAUAUAAACUUUAAGCAACAACCAGGACAACUGAUCCUGAGAUGUUUGUAAUAAUCAAAAUUAUUAUGGGAAGUAAGAUUUCAUUCACUUUCAUGUAUUAUGUCAAGAGUGAGGAAUAAGAUGCUGGUCUUUGCUCUCAAAACUAAGCAUUGCUCAAUUGGUUUGGUUAACUGGUUCUCAUGCCCUUAACAAAGAUGCUGCAAUAUCUGGGACACAAAAAUUACACCAGGAAUUUUUACAUCCUGAUGAUUACUAUUUUCUUGUACAUGACAAAACCAUUAUAAGCAGUUAAGCAUUCUAGAAUAUUUCUCUAAGCUACUUGUGUGCUUCCGAGCUUCAGCAUCCGUUGAAUGUAUGUUAAUAUGUAUUGUGAUGGUGGCAUCUUUAUAGAUUCAAGAGGCAGGAGAUUUCCAGCCAAUAGCAUUUACGCCUUCUUUAUAUAAUUGUAAAGGCAUCACAUUAAUUAGCAAGGUGAAGGGAAAGGUGCCUGCCAUUUUCUCUUGACCUUUAGGUGAUAGUUUGAAAUAUCCUCCAGAUUGUGCAUGAAGGAAGAGAGAGCUGGGUGUACAGAUUUCAUCAGCCGAUGGAUAACCAGGGUGAUGUACUGAGAAAUAAGGAGUCUUUAUCCAUCCUCAAGAAAAACCCUGUCCACACAUCAGCUGGGAUGUGUAGAGAGCAGCCUACCUUAGACAUCAAGUAGUGGAGGAGAUCUGAGUUUCAGCCUCUUAGUAUGUUACUUUUUCAGUGCCGUCUUAACUUCAAACGGUUAAGUGGACGACUGCCUGUACUGAGAAAAACAAAUGUUAGUGAAUUAGUGAAACCCUUGUAGAUCAACAUGACUUUUAAUUAAUGGCAGGAGAUGGAAUGGACACAACCCUUUCCUGAAUUAUAUUCCCUCAGAAAUCCUUGAACAUCCCGAGGCUACAUAUUCACUUCUAUCAUGUUUCAACCAGCUGAUCCGUCAUGACUUCCUCCCAAAUAUUUUAGAGAAAAGGUGGCUUAAGAAGGAACUUAAGCCACUCAAUUAAACGAUCCCCGAUGAGGCAAAGUUGUGAAAUACAGGAAGUUUUGUUCAUUCUUUUUUUUUUUUUUUAAAGCAAUGAUUUCAAGAAUGGUUUGGCAGCAUUGUUGUUGUUAAAAACUUAUUGUUGCUCAGUUUGGGUCUUCCAAGACAGUUUACAUAUGUUUUCUGUCUCAAAAUAGCAGAAAUUAUGCCAGUAUGUUUAGAAAAUAUGGUUAGUAUGAUCUCCAGGCUCUCAAAGACCCUGAGGUGAUAGCAGGCUUAGUCCUGCACUAAAUUACAGCUAGUCCUCAACUUACGACACAACGGAGUCCAAAACUGCUGUUACCAAGUGACUCCAGGACACUGCAACGGUCAUAAAUAUGAGUCAGUUGCCAAGUGUCUGAAUUUUGAUCACGUGAUCAUGGGGAAUGCCACAAUGGUCAUGUGAAAAAUAAUCAUAAGUCCCUUUUUUCAGCGCUGUUCUAAUUUUGAACGGUCACUAAACAAACUGUUGUGCGUCAUUUUUUUCUGCACAACUUGAGACAACUACUACUAAAGAAAGACGGAAUGCUUCCUUACUGUCACUGAUGGCUUCCUAAAAUACCGACAUCCUCUCUGUUUGAGAGAGGAUUCUUUUUCUUUCCUACUGUUUACUGAAGUGAAUGCAUAAGGCGGGAAAUACCAUUUUGCCCUAGCAGCAAAAUAUUUCAGACCAACCUUUGCGAGAAAAAUUUUUUACCGUUUGAAAAGAAAACGGUCCUUUCUUCCUACUGUGUUUUCCCGAAAAUAAGACUGGGUCUAUUUUUUUUUUUUUUUUUGCCUCCAAAAGAGGCAUCAGGGCUUAUUUUUGGCGGGUGGCUUUAAUACUCACCUUUGGCACCGACAGCCCCACCCAGCCAGUCUACUUCUUCUGGGGCCAAAGUUCUGCAGCUGCAUUUGGGCCUGCAUUUUGCAGUCAGGCCUUUCCAGAAGGCCUAAGCAGAAGAGUACCGAGCUAUGGAUUCAAUCCAUAGCUUGGUGCUCGGCAGCUGGAGUCUUGCAGAACUGAACUAUGGAUUGAAUCUAUAGCUCUGUUCUCAGCUGCAGAGGCCUUCCGGAAAGGCCCGUGACUGAGAAAUGCAGGCCUGACUGCAGAAGAGGCCUCAGAAGAAGAAGUGGGCUGGUAAGGAGAGGCCUACCUGCAAGGUAAGCAGGUGCGGAGCGCAUGAGGCAGAUCCACCCCCACCCCAGCUUGAUUUUUAAGUGUGUGCCUCGCCCCCAAACUAGGCCUUAUUUUGGGGGUAGGGCUUAUAUUAGGCCCACUCUCCAAA